AUGAUGCUCGUCUGCAAGACCCACUUGGGCACUCGCAAUGUUGACUUCCGCAUGAAGCGCUACGUCUUCCGCCGCACGGUGGACGGCAUCCACAUCAUUCACCUCGGCAAGACCUGGGAGAAGUUGAUGGUGGCUGCACGCAUGAUCGUUGCCAUUGAGAAUCCUCAGGACAUCAUUGUUGCGUCUCAGCGUCCUUACGGCUCCCGAGCUGUGCUCAAGUUCAGUCAGUACACUGGUGCUAAUCCUCUGGCCGGACGAUGGACCCCUGGUACGCUGACAAAUCAAAUCACCCAGAAGUAUCUGGAGCCUCGCCUCCUCAUCGUGACGGACCCGCGCACAGACAACCAGGCCAUCAAGGAGGCAGCCUACGCCAGCAUCCCCGUCAUUGCCCUGUGCGACACCGACUCUCCCUUGGAGAACGUUGAUGUUGCCAUCCCCGCCAACAACAAGGGCAAGGAGUCCAUCGCCUUGCUGUACUGGCUCCUGGCAAGGGAGGUGCUCUACCUGCGGGGCAGCAUGCCGCGAACCCAGGCCUGGGACGUGAUGGUGGACUCGUUUUUCUGGCGUGAUCCAGAGGAGAUCAUGCAGCAGGAGGAGCCGGCACCGGUUCAGCAGGAAUGGACUGCACCAGCUCAGGCGUGGGAGGGCGCAGGCGGCGGUGGCAACUGGGAUGACAUGACCAAUGCCGCUGCAGGAGAUGCAUCCUGGGAUGCCCCGGUGGUGGUGGUGGUGACGACUGGAGCGCCCCGCAGCAGGGUGGACACGGUGGUGGCUGGUGAAUCGAGUGAGUCGAGUGAGUCGAGCGAGUGGAUGGCAUCCUUGGUCGGACAGGAGCCCUGCGAGGCGGCAGAGGUCUCGGAGGUGAAAGAGCGCCUGGCCACCCUUCAGGUUGGUGGCACCUGGCUUGCUCCACCUCAGAGUCGCCGCCUUGCUCCGCCACGGCUCGGCGCUGUGCAGCCCCGUGGCUGGCUGAACGAGACCCUGCAGCGCAGCGCCGAGGGCUUGGCGGGCCGGCUUUUCGAGUUCUAUCCGCCUGUGGUGGAUUCCAACUUCGUGGGGGGAAGGUCUUCAUACUCCAGUCUCCAUGAGGACUUCCCCUACGCUCUAAAUGGCCUGGUUGCUCUGGCUGUUGCUGUUGGACAGCCCCGGGUCACGGCCCUGUGCGAUGAGGUGGUGAUGGAGUCACAAGAGGCGCUGAUCAAGAUAUGCAAUGUCCAGACUGAAUGGUACAAUAUGCAGAGUGGCGAGCUGAAGAGCCUGGAGACCUUGGCUGUCGAGCCUUCUUUGCCGCCGAGGCACCGCCUGCCGCGCCCCGCCUUUGGAGAGCCUGGCACUGAGGCGUUUAGCCUGGCUGGUUCGACUGCAGCCUGGCUCCGAAGUGGGCAAGGCUACGACUGGCAGCGCUGGUUCAGCAAUGAGACAUUUCCGCAAAGCCGCGACCAAUUCAGCCUGUACUCUCACGGCGUGAACAAUGCUGUUGCCUUCAAAUUUGCCGCGCUGUGGAGUGAGAUCGGGGAUGCAACCGCUGAGGCAUCACUGCUGGCUUGGCGCCAGCUGCAGCGCCAUCAUGGCGUAGCCUCAGGUGCUUUUGGGGCUGACGAGCACCUUGCAGGCCGCGCGCCGUACCGGGGGACCGAGCUUUGCGUGGUUGUGGAGUCAAUGCGCAGCCUAGAAGAGGCAUAUGCGGCGAUGCCAGACAGGCCAGAGCUGGCCGACAGCUUGGAGGUGCUGGCUUUCAAUGCCUUGCCUGCGGCUGUCAGCGACGAUCACUGGACGCAUCAGUACUUGACCCAGUCAAAUGCACCUUUCGCUGGAAUUGAACCUUCAGAGGAGACAGCCGAGCAUGACACGCCUCGAAUGUCCAAGACGUUUGGGAACGUCGGGCUGGAUGCGACUGUUUACGGCCUUUCUCCGAACUUUCCGUGCUGCACCGUGAACUUUGCCCAGGGUUGGGGCAAGUUUGCUGCCUCUGGCCUUUGGCUUUUUGAAGAUGGCGGCCGCCAAGUAGGGUUGAUGGAGACGCCUUUGCUCCUCUCCGCGGCCUUUGCGCCCUCAGUGGUCGCAGUGCCAGAGCCGGUGAACGGUCAGGUGGAUUUGUCCACGGCAUACCCCUUCGAGCCAGAGGCCUGCCUUUUGCUGCCUGUCGCUCAUCCGCUUUCUAGGCUGCAGCUCUUGGUGCGCGUGCCGCACUGGGCUGAUUUGGACCGCUCAGAGGCCGGAGCUUAG